AUUGACUACACUAUCGAGUAUUGUACCCACUGGAGACACCGGUAUUCCAUUUCAAGGCUUAUCGAUAACAUCAACAUGAAGCUCCUAUCUGCUCUCUUUUUCGGAUGCUUGUCAUUGGUUUUCGCCAAUCCUAUUGUGGUCACAUAUCCUAAGGACACCCCUUCAUCUGUCCUAGAGGACGCGAUGAAUUCUGUUAUCAGUGCUGGUGGACGAAUCACCCAUAAGUAUCAGUUAAUCAACGGGUUCUCCGCUGACGCGCCCGAAUCGGCGGUUCAGCAAAUCUCGGUCCAAUCUGCGAAGUAUAACCCGACAAUUGAAAAAGACCUACCGGUUUCCAUCCAGUAGUGAUCGCAGAGCUGGUGCUCGAAGAUGAUGUCUCCCUGCGCAUUCCAACGGCCCCGUGCUGGUCUCGGAACUAGUCACUAACGCUGGAGCUAAAGGAGCAAGUAUGGACCGGGCCUUUAACGAAUAAUGGCUUUGGAUUGAUUGUAACGUCCAGGGAAUUGUAGCGUCGGUGUUCAGUUUUCAGAUAUCCUAAUAGCGUUUCAAAUUGUUGCCGUUGCUUUGCGUGUCAUUAUUGAUACUCGUAUAAGUCAUGAUCCUAUCUAUCAUGAUGGGGUUUUCCUGCCUCUCCAGGGUCCCUAUUGUUAGGAGAGAAAGGCGGUGGGAGGAAAGAGAAAGGAAUUAUGAAUAUGAAUAUUAAAAUUGAUCUUAUUCUGUACAAUUUUCUUAACAACUGCA